CCCGGCCCUGAGGCGGUGUGAGGGGAAAAGGGACCGGCCCUGAGGCGGUGAGGAGACGGGACCGGCCCUGAGGAGACGGGACCGGCGGUUUGUGGAUUCAUCUCCAUUUCUACUGUAUUUCCAUGAACAAACCCCAAAAUCAAUGGCCAGGCUGAGUGUGAAGCCAGGGCAGCGGUUCACCGUGCAGGACUGGCACACCAACUCCCAGCUCAUCUCCUCUGACGCUGAACGACAGCGUUCUGCUUCCCACCAAGUCCGUCAGGAAGCCCGAGCUCUCCGCAACAAAACCACCAACCAGGCCAAAUGGGAUGAGCACAACAACCAGACCCGUCUGGAUGAACGUAUCAGCAGCACCAACAGAUGGAAAGAGACCUUGGACCAAUGCCUUGCAGCCAUAGAUGCAGAAAUCGAUGCCUUAAGUAAAGUGAAGGAAGCAGCAGAACUUGCCCUCCAGGCAAAGAACUUGCCCUUGGAUGUUUCUGUCGAGUGCCUGACGCUCCGCGAGAGCCGCCGCGCCAUCGAUGUGGUGAGGGACCCUGUGGAGGAGGAGCUGCAUAAGGAGGUGAAGCUGAUAGACAAAGCCAAGAGAGAACUGCAGCAGAGAGUGAGUGAAGCCUUCCAAGAGCUCUGCCUCUUACAGGCAGCUCGCCAGCAGCUGAGCCAUGACCAGCGCUGCAAGGUGGAAGCACUGGAAAUAGAUGGGAUGUGCUUAUCCCUCAACGUAAACUCCCCCAACAUCUCCUUCAAAGUCAACCCAACACGAGUCCCAGAGGGAUCAACUACACUUGCUGAGUGGGAACAGCACAGCCAGUGCAACAAGGAGCAUGCUGAGGCAGAGAUGAAAGCCUCCUCUCGGCUCCGAGAAGCGACGGUGCUUGCCAUUGCCCAGACAAGCAACGAGCUGGAGGCUCAGCGUGUGGCUACAGAGUUUGCCCUGCGCAAGAGGAUGAGAGAGCUGGAAAGCGCCUACGAUGAGCUGAAGUGGCAGGAGCAGAAUACCUUGGAGGAAAUUGCUGAGCUGGAGGAGGACAUCCAACACUUGGAGGAGGAUCUUAGGAGGAGGACAGAAGAUCUGAAAGUGGCCCAAACCCGCCUGGAGACGCGCACGAAUCGGCCCAACAAGGAGCUCUGCCGGGAUCAGGUGCAGUAUGGGCUGACAGAUGAGGUCCAGCAGCUGAGAGGAACCAUCUGUGCACUCAGCCAGAAGCUGCAGCAAUCUCAGGACACUUUGGAUGCUCUUUCCAGACAACUCCACCGCAUUCAGACUGACAGUGGCUACAAAGCCAAUUCCCUGAUGCUGGACAAAAAGUGCAUGGACAUCCGACAAAAACUCCUGGUCCCUGCCCCGAAAUUCAUGCCAGAGGUUGAUGCUUUCAAUGGGAGCACAAACCACCUGCUCUCCACACUGCAGAAGGGGCAGCUGGAGUUGGCUUAGUGCAACGAGGAGGAAGCUCCCAGUGACUCAGUUCCAUAGCAAGGAAGGUUUGACAUCUGUGUCGUGUUAGGAUAAUGUCAUUCUCCUCCCUCCUCCCGGUUUGUUGUGUAACUCUGUCCCCUCCAAUGCUGUUG